AUGGGCCCCUGUACCGCCUCCUCAUGCUGCUGCCAGGCCCGUAAUCUGCCAUGGGCCCCCGUACCGCCUCCUCAUGCUGCUGCCAGGCCCGUAAUCUGCCAUGGGCCCCCGUACCGCCUCCUCAUGCUGCUGCCAGGUCCAGAGUGUCUCAUGGGUCCCUGUACGGCCUCCCAUUGCUGCUGUCUCCAUCGCCACACUCUGCCAUGUGCCACUUUCAGGUCUCCUCACACUGCUGGUGGGUUCCAUUUUGUCAUAGGGUGCUGUAUGGCCUCCUAUUGCUGCUGCCUCCACCGCCACACUGUGGCUCCACACUCUGGUUUUUGGCCCCGUGACUGCCCAAAUGAGUGAAGUGUGCGGUGAUUCUAAGAUCGACGGCACUCAUCUGCAUGUCAUACUGACUGACAGUAUUAUUUCUCUUCCCCAGCAGACUCCAAGGGCAUUUAAAUUAAAGGUACAGUGUUCUGCACUAAUAUAA